AUAAAGAGGGAAUAUCCCAUGGCAGUAUCGUUAAGUGUUAGGGUUAUGUUGUGAAGACUCUAAGCAGAGAUAUAGGCUAUUUAUACUCGGCUUCUUUUGGGUUAGUAGGCUAUUCAGACAACUGGAAAAAUCCCAUGCAGGCUCCAGAGGACACACUUCUCUCUCUCACGUGUAGCUGCUCUUUGUAAAGGUUAACGCGGUUGUGCUGCAGGUUAACCCUUUAGUAGGCUUGCAGUCUGAAGCAGCGCAACACAAUCCAGAGCACAGGGACGGGUGCGAUCCUCCGCGCAUGUGGACAGGUUUACAUAUUAUGCUUUGUUUACAACCUCGGCUCGGAUCGAAAGGAUGAAGAAUGGUGAAGUUCACGGGCUCUGGUGAGAGCAGCAGCUGCCAGCCUUUCAUCUUGCAGUCAACUGCAGAGAGAAGCGAGACAGACAGAGGGAGCGAGAGCGAGGCUCCCCAAGAGACGGGCACGCUGAGGUAGACGGGCCAACCUACAUCCUGCUGUUCGUGUGGAGAUCUAGGACACUGAACCAAAAACCUUCAAGUGGAUAAAUGAGGGUUGCUAAUGCUGAGAUACAGCUGUCCUUUAUCUUUUUGGACACUUGAGUCCCCUCUUGUCAUAACUACACUGAACCUGCAAUAAACAGACCAAGAACUCUGAGCGAAACCUUCAAAGGUCGUUUUCAUCACAACCCCCUCCUCUCCGUGACCUCUGACCCAAGUUGACCAAGAAUCAUUUCAAACUGGCUGCCAUUAGACAAGAAUGGAAAAUCUUACUUCUGCUCUAAAAACAUUAAACAAAAACUCAGGGAAUAACCUAAACUGCCUUGAGCCCUUCAGCGGUUAUGAAGAGUCUUCUUCGGUCCCGGGGAGUCCAACUCGCAUGGGGCGCCUCAUCAAGCCCAAACCCAAUAUGAGCUGCAGGCGAAAGCGUGAGUUCAUUUCUGAUGAGAAGAAGGAUGCCUCCUAUUGGGAGAAACGCCGCAAAAACAACGAGGCCGCCAAGCGCUCCCGGGAGAAGCGACGUCUCAAUGAUAUGGUUUUGGAGAACCGUGUCAUUGCACUGAAUGAUGAGAACGUGAGGCUCAAGACGGAGCUGCUCCAGCUGAAGCUGCGCUUCGGCCUUAUAAGCACCGCCUCCUACAUUGAAAAGAGCCAGCAGAUAGGUGGAGGCAACAACACAGGAAAUGGAGGCUCAUCCUCCUCCUCUUCCACUCAGUACUACUCCAGCAGUUACUCUAGCGGUUCUCAGGUGAUGAUGAACUCUGAUUCCUCAGAAACUGAGCAGUCAGGACGCAGUGAGGGCCACAGGCAGCUGGUGAAAUACUCCCCACGUGGCUCCCUCUCUGACAUGUCUGACGGCUCCUCCAGGGACAGCCCUGAGCCAGUUCCCUUUGAGAUCAAACAGGAAGGUGACAGGCUGGAGAUGGACAUUGCCAAUGGCACCACCACCCAGAUCAUGUUCAACAUCCACCGUGGUCUAGCCUCUGUGCCCACUCACCACCAGAUCCAGCAGCAUUCUCAGGAGCUGGAGGCGGCAUAUCACACCCAACAGCAGCAGCAGCAGCAGCAGCAGCAGCAGCAGCAGCAGCAGCACCACCACCACAAACAACAAACCCAUCUGGAGUCUGUUACUGCUAUCAACACUGUCAGUCAGCCUGCCCCUCAACCACCUGCUGCCCAGAGGAGCGUCAUUCUGUAUGGCUCCAGCAGUGCCUCCUAUCCUGUGGAUGCCCUGACGAGGACUCAUGACAUCGAUCUGCAGGCAGCCCAGAAGCAGAGCAGCGGCAGCAGCCAGACACGUGUCAGCCGACUGUCCCAGUCCAUUACAGAGAGCUCCACAGAGACACUGGCUGAGGUGACAAAACAGCUGGAGAGGAAGACAUUAGACUCCCCUCCAUAUGAGCUCUCAGACAGCCAUAAUGAGGCAGGAGAGAGACAGGUGUACAGAGUUUGCCAACUCCCCCAACAGCACCAGCAGCAGGAGCAGCACCAGCACCAGCAAGACACCAGCAAUUCGUCUGCAGAGCUCCUCCACAAACCAGUGGAGGGGGUCACCCACUCCCACCUGUACCACCAUCUCCAGCAGUCUCAUCAUUCGUACCUCAGUGUCCAAGACGAGGAGCCACCUGUGCUUACCUACGAGGGCGGGCCCAGGAGAGAGGCUUACUACCCAGGCCAAUCAAGCUCCUCUGGCAAGGACACCUCAUCCAGUGAUGGAGAUCCCCGCAGCUCUGACAAAGAGGCCUCCACGGAUGAUGAUGAGUCCCCCUCCUCGUCCUGCUCAGAUAUGGUCAGCUACCACAUCCAACAUCUUAACGGCUUCCACCAGCCUGCCUCGCCUCUGCCCUCCUCCCAGGCCUGCUCGCAGGCCCAGGGCCGGGAUCCCCAGGGGGAGGUGAAGGGCACAGCGUUGCCUCACAAACUCAGACUCAAACAUCGGGCCAUGAGCAGCGGCAGCAGUGGUGGCAACUGCUCUGGCCAGGAGUCCCCAACAACCCCUCCCUCUGCUACACCACCCCCCCUUCCCCAGCAUCCCUACUUGUCCCUCACGCCACAGCAGAACAUUAACAGAGAGGGCCAGGGUGGAGCCUAUAAACAGGCGGCCUCAGGGGAGGGCGCCAGGAAAGACAGUGGGAAAAAGGAGACAGGUGGACGACGAAACAAGAGGCGAGAUUAGGAGACCUACACUUAUAGAACUUGUCAAGACUUAAACAAAAGACAUUUGGUCUCUAAGAACUACCCUGCCAUCAUGCCUUUGCCCUAUAAUCAAAUCCCCUCCUAACGCCCUUGGGACAGGAAGCUGGGCUUUUCUACACCCCUACCCCGAAUAUCACCUAAAAGGCUGGACAUCUUGUAGGGCUGUAUCAUAUUUGCAUAUAUUGUACAGAUUUGUUGUUUCUUCUUCAUACUUACAGAAGCACUUUUGUUUAUGUGAUGAGAGGAGGAAUGGAACUGCCUACUUUUCUACCUUUGUCAUCCAACAACAUACAUCAGCAACAUCACUUACAAACAAGAAUGUAGGAAAAUGAGAAGUUUUGAGCUUUAUCAGUACUAUAAAUUUGGUACAUAUCUGACUGUAGACAAACAUACACAUGUAUGGCUAUCUGCCUUAAUUAAAAUCAAAUGCAAACAUACACUGGGGAUUUUCCCUCGACCAAAGAAGCGCCAACACCACCAACACUACAAAUAUUAAGUUCCAUACCUCUUCCCAGACCCUACCUCUACCAACCCAUACUCUCCCCAACCAUCUCCAUUAUUUCACAAAAGAUCGCCAUCACCUUUAUUUUUUAAGCACUUGGUUUGUAUAUUACUGUGUAUAUGAAUAUAUGUAUCUAUUAUAAAUAUAUAUUUUACAAAGAAAUUUGAAUACAAAUUCAACAAAAAAUGCCACCUACCUGCAAUGGUAAAAGAGGGUUUUGAAAGUGACCAUCCUAUUAUGAGUUGCAAUUACUGUACAGCCACAUUGUCCACUGUUGCUACAGGACCCAUUCAAAUUAAAACACCUUUCUCUUGAUUGUGAAGCUUUAGCAUUAAUAAUUUUUUAAUGCCCUGUUUACACAGAAAUGGCCGUCCAGUUUGGAGCGCCAACAGCACUGAAUGGAGAACAUGUUUUUUUUUCCUGAGGCAAGGGCCUCAUUAAAAUGUUUGGAUUUCUUAACCUUUAACCAGCCUUUAAAUAUUCGGUGGAAUUCACCAGCUGCAGGCUAUAAGCCUUUAGUUUAUUUGAGCUUUAUCAACCAUAUCUUGUUGUUGUUGUUGUUGUUGUUGUUGUUGUUGUUGUUCACUAGCCCAAUGUAUUUAUUUCCCUCUUCUCCACUCGCAUCACUGUAGAAAAGCCCACAGGAACAUAGACAGACAUUGUGUACAGACCUUUUUAGAUACAGGCCGCAGCCUUGAACUGUAAUGUCGGCAUGGGAUGCUUGGGGCAAAUGCAGGAGGAGUGAAGUCACUUUCAUGUAAACACACUACAGUGCACUGAGUUCUGAACAUGCUCCUCUGUGUUACCUAAGAACAGAGCCCUCCAUAGUUACUGUACAUUUACUGAUAUGAAAUGAGGUUUUGUAGUGUGACCAAGCAUGGCCCUUGAGGCUCAUAUUAGAUCCCAGACAAUUGAGUUAUUAUGAAAUAAAAGCUAAUGCGAAACCAAAUUUCUCUAACCCUCCAAUUGGUGCCAGCGUUAAAAUUCCCCGACAACAAUCUGAAUAAAUGAAGAAAAGGACGCCCCCUUGUUUCCAAUGUGAACCCAUUAUUCAUUACAGGGCUUAUUCAUCACUUUCCCGUGAAGCUCUGUUACUGGGCAGUGAUGAAUUGCCUGCACUGGAUCCUUGUUUAACAAAAGUCUAUGGUCCAUGUUUGGCCUUUUUGGUAGUUGUGUAUAAAUGUAAAGCCCCCCCCCCCCACCCUCGAACAACACUGUAAUGUUUAUUUCAUUGGUUUUAUAUCCUCUUUUUUUGUCAAGGUAUUUUCCUCUAUACUGUGUCUUUUUUCCUAUUGACUGUGAUGACUUGUAUUUGCCUCAUUCCUCUGCUCCCCUCUCGCCUUUUUUCAGUGUGUAUUAAUCAGUAAUGUUUGUGGUUUUGCUGAUGGUUAUAUGAAAAAGAAGGACAAAAAACAGGCAACGAUAGUGUGGUGUUUAGAGGUGGGUGGUGGUUGGUCUGGUUGGUCAUUACCAUAGCUUCCUUUUGACAUGAAUAUGUAUGUAAAGACAUUAAUGUUCAUUGUGGAAGAUGGGAGCAUUUCAAGACCGAAAAAUAAAAUAAAAAGAAUGUUGACCCUAUCAACAUAUCAUGGAAAGGAAA